UUUUAUAAUUUUAAAAUAUUUUUUUACCAAAAAAAUAUAUUAUCCUUAUAACCAAAAUUUUCCCUAUAUUUUUGCUUCCACUAUCAAUUUCCACUGAUCUCUGCAUAAUGAAAACCUCAAUUAGGGUUUGAUCAAUCCUCUCCCAAAUCAGGAACGAAUUGAUACUAUAAAGGUUUGAUUUUGAUGAACAGAAGUGGUUGAUCAUAUAGCUAUAGAUUUGGUGUAUUCUAGGGUUUUGAGCUGCUUCUGAUUGGAGUUGGAAGCAACAAAUAGUUGAAAUCAGUUGAAAAAGAGUUGGUGAGAUAGGGAGGAUUUAGAUCAGGAUUGAGGUUUGGAGAUAUUGCAAUAUGGAGGACGAUAGCGGGCUUUAGCUCAGUUUGGCUAUAGCUGCUAGUUUACAAAACUGUUAAUAUUUUAGUUAUUUGAGUGUGUAACAUGCAACUAAUAAUGGUUUGCCUUGUUUAAAAUCAAACUUAAUGCAGAUAUUUGAGGACGGUUAAAAGUUGAUGCAUGGGUUUAGUGAGGAAGAUAUGAUGAUUUAGCUAUUUGAUCUGUUUUGGAUUUUAUAGGUUUAGAGAUAUUGCAAUAUGGAGGACGAUAGCGGGCUUGAGCUCAGUUUGGGUUUAUCUUUUGGUGGUUCAUCAGCCAAAGCAAAGAGUAAGAAUGGAAGCUCCUCCGAUACUAGGGGAGAAGAAAACGGUAGAGGUGGCAAGAUGGUUGAUGAUUUUAAGAGCAUGUUUAAUACCGAUCCUCAGAAGCCUGAAUCAAGCGGUGGGAGCCGAAGGGCUGAUUCCUCAAAGCCCGAGGAGAAUUUCUUUAGUGACCUUUCAAAGGUCAAUGACGAUAAUGCUUCUUUGAAUUUAAAUGGAAGAGGAUUUCUGGUUGGAAACAACAAUAAUAAACCAAUUGAAAUUGAGGAAAAUAAACGGUCAGAGGCAGUAAAUAAGCGAAGGAUGUCUUUUGAUGACAUACGGAAUCUAAAGAGGCAUGACAGCGACAUUCAUCAUGGUGAUUUACAUGACAGGGCAAGAGCAUCUCACAUUUCUUUAACAGAAGAUGGUUCAACUGCAGAAAAUGAAGACGUGGCUGAUUCUGAAGCUGAGAACUCUACCUCCAGGCCUCUCUCCAACCAUAGUGAUGGUUCUAAAGGAUUCAUUAGGGUCGGUGCUUCUUCUGAUGCUUCGAAAGAGGUUCGUGGAGUCGCUGACUCAAGCGCCAAUGGGCAGAAGAGAUUUACCGGAUCCACAGAAAAAGAUUUCAAGCAUGCAAACAUGACUUAUGGUGCUCCCUUUUCUGCUCAACAAGUGAAUAUGAUGAGUGGACCUUACACUUCGGCAAAAGAGUCAAACUCUGUUGGGGCACCAAACCCUCAAAUACCUGGAGUGAUGCAUAUGAUGCCAACUACAACCGGUGAACGUGCAGGAGCUCAAUCUGUGAGUAAUGGAAGCUUGCCGAUGAUGUUUGGACAUCCAUAUGUUCAGCUUCCCAUGUUGGAUAAGGAUAGCUCAUGGGGACGUCCCCAACAGUUUCAUCCUUCCUUUGCUGGGAGAGGUCCAGCUAACUCAGCUGCGUUACACCUAAACAAUAUAUCCGAGGCCAUGCCAUAUGAAGGCAGGCCGCUAGAACGAACCAAAGGUGAUGGAAAACAGCGUGUCACUGAAGAAGGCUCCUCUUCACAGCCUGAAGACGUGAAAGGAAGCAGCACAAACCUCAGGGGCAAAGAUGCACCAGAACAGCCGAAAGGUGAAGGUUCCACCAUUGAUUUUUCAAAUAUUAAGCCAGGGCUUACCGCGGAUGUGAAAUUCGGAGGAAGUGGUUCCUACCCAAAUCUGCCUUGGGUAUCCACCACAAGCUCAAAUGGAAGGACAAUAUCAGGUGUUACUUACAGGUACAACACUAACCAAAUCAGAAUCGUUUGUGCAUGUCAUGGUUCUCACAUGACUCCUGAGGAUUUUGUUCGUCAUGCAAAUGACGAACAAGCCAAUUCAGAUAGCAAUUCGGUUUUGGGAAGCUUACCAAAUGGUAAUCUUGGUUCCUCUUCUCACAGUUAGAUUACUAUCAUCUACCCUCCAGGUUGUACUCUAUAUAUUGUAGUUCUCAACAAGAGAAUCUGGAAUUUCCAUAAUUUUUGUGGAGAUGAAUGAGUUUAUUACCAUUUUUUUUCUAUUUGUCUAUUUCACUUUAUUUACUUGCAGCAGCUGCAAUCAAAAUUGUAGUUGUAUUUAAUAAUGGCUGAGCUUUAUAGCAUCAUCUAUUAUAUUAAAUAGUAAUUAAGCAUGUAA